AUGGAUGCCAUCGCCGAGAGUCCACAUGAGGCUGACACUGGCAGUCAAACACCACAACAACCUCUUUCACUACAACAACAGCAACAGCAACAACAACACCAACAACUACAACAACAGCAUGCAUUCUUUCAACAACACCCACAAGAGCAUCAACCAAGACCACCAUCUGUGCAAUUACCGCAUCCUUUAGCUGGCUUCAUCAAUAGCAAUAAGCCUGCAUCAGCACCGCCUAUAGGUGGUAGUGGUCCUCAUCAGCAACCAUUCUUCUUUGGCCCUUCAAGUGCUCGACCCGUCAUGCAACACGAACACCCUGUGCGAUUGCAAGCACCUCCUCAUCCAAUAAAGCGACGUAAUACAGGUGGUAGCACCUCACUACCUCCUAACCAUCCACUGGCAGCUUUAUCGUCACCAUCAGCCAUCCAACAGCAACAAUAUCAGGCAAGCAGACUUCAAUUUUACCACACUCGUACACCUGUCUAUGUCGCCAGCCCUACGUUUACUCUCAAGGAUUUUGAGCUCUUGGAUACGCUUGGCACGGGUACAUUUGGGCGAGUCUAUUUGACAAAGUUUAGGGCGACAUCCAAGUUUUAUGCCAUGAAAGUACUCAAGAAAUCCGAAGUGGUUCGACUCAAACAAGUACAACAUUUGCUUUGGGAAAAACAAAUCCUUGCUUCGGUGCGAUUCCCUUUUAUUGUCGAUCUGUUCUGCACCUUCCAAGAUGAUACCAACUUGUACAUGCUGCUGGAAUAUGUGGUGGGCGGUGAACUAUUUUCGCAUUUACGACGUGCUGGCAGAUUCACCAACGACAUGACACGUUUCUAUGCCUCCGAAAUUGUAUUGGCAAUCGAGUAUCUUCAUUCCAAGAAUAUCAUUUAUCGCGAUUUGAAGCCUGAAAAUCUGCUGAUUGAUCAUCAAGGCCACAUUCGUAUCACUGACUUUGGUUUUGCAAAGAAGAUCACUGAUCGAACAUGGACAUUAUGUGGUACACCCGAAUAUCUUGCACCAGAAAUCAUUCAAAGCAAAGGUCACGGCAAAGCAGCUGACUGGUGGGCAUUGGGUAUCCUGAUUUUCGAAAUGUUGGCAGGAUAUCCACCCUUCUUUGAUGACAACUCUUUUGGAAUUUAUGAAAAGAUUUUAGCGGGUCGUGUUCAAUUCCCAGCACAUUUCGAUGCACUUGCCAAGGAUCUUUUGAAGCGCCUGUUAGUAGGUGAUCUAACCAAGCGUUUGGGUAACCUAAAGGGUGGCUCUGAAGACGUAAAGCGGCACAGAUGGUUCCGUGGAGUAGAUUGGAUUGGUCUUCUGGAUAAGACUGUCAGGGCACCAAUCAUUCCCAAUUACCGACAUCCUGGCGAUACCAGCAACUUUGAGAAAUAUCCAGAGAUCUUUGAGACGGAUCGUAAUGCACCCGCAGGCGAUGAUCCUUACAAGCAUCUUUUCGUCGACUUUACCAUGUGA